CUUCACAAAAAUAAACAUCGACAUCGGGUAUGUAUAAAUAAAUGCCAGAAUUCAAAGAGAUUUUAUUUUAAGAGGAUUAAGCACAGCAAUAUAGUUAAUACUGUGCUGUGAUAGUGGUAUGAAGCUAGUUUACUGAUCAACGAGUGAUAAAACAAAAUCCAAAGUAACCAACAAGAAUUAAGUUGUUAUGAAUAGUAGAACAGUGGAAAUAACUGUAUUGUUUUUUGCGAAAGCUAGGGAAAUUGUAGGUAAACCAUCUGUUUUACUACCUAUAGAAUCACCGGUAACACAUAAACAACUAUUAGAACAGAUUGUAAUUAAGUAUUCUUUACAAGAUAUACAAAACCAAAUCAUUUUAUCCGUUAAUGAGCGUUUUUGGCAACCAAACGACAUUAUCAAUUUAAAUUCAGGGGAUGAAAUAGCAGUGAUACCUCCAUUGAGUGGUGGAUAAACAUAAAGAUGAAUUAUCUAAAAUUAACUUCUGAAAAAUUGUCCCCAGAGGUAAUAACUGACCUUGUAAGCUCAGGUUCAUGUGGUGCUAUUUCACUAUUUAUUGGAACAACAAGGGACAAUUUUGAGGGAAAAACUGUAGAAACAUUAGAAUAUGAAGCUUAUGAGUCAAUGGGAAUCAAAUGCAUGGAGACAAUAUGUAGUAACAUUCGAGAACAAUGGUCUUCUGUAGUGAAUAUUGCAAUCUAUCACAGGUUGGGCUUAGUUCCUGUCAAAGAGGCCAGUAUCAUUAUUGGAAUAUCUUCACCACAUAGGGCAGAUGCAAUAAAGGCCACAGAAUUCUGUAUUGACAAUGUGAAAAAAUCUGUUCCGAUUUGGAAAAAAGAACACUACAAAGAUGAUACGCCCCAAUGGAAGGAAAACAAAGAAUCUCAAACGUUUCAGGUACAUCAAUCCGUUGAAGCUCCCCGCGUUCUUCCACAUUUAAUACAGAUCAAGGCAUCUAAGGCUGAAGUUGACAGUAGAAUAAAUAAACUUAUGGAAAGAAAAAGGUACGAAAUAGACUUAAACAAUCUCCAUGAGUUUUGUCCGAGCGAUAGAACUUCCGAAUUUACGUGUGCAAGAGUUGAUGCAGUCGUUCACAAAAGGAAGGAUGGCAAAAGUCACUUACAAGUAAAUCGAGUAAUAAACUCGUAUCAAUGGCGUGACCAAAUCAGUUCUAAUUAUUUAACCAAACAUAUUCCGCCGAAUGGCAUAGAAGAAAGACUGCAGAACCUAGAGGAACAACUAACAUUGAGCACACCUGUUCCUAAAAAUGUUUACCAACGCCUUCAAAAUUUAGAAGAUCGAUUGAUAUAUUUAGAAUCUAUUUCACCUGAAUAUGUCCAAUUUUGGAAUAAAAUUGUAGUCCCAAAUGGAAGUUCAGCAAAGAAGAAAGUAUUUACAAUUAGUGAAAUUGAUGCUUUAAUUGCUGAAGUACAAAGAGUAUAAUGUAACCUUAGUUUGUAAUUAAAAAAAUAAAUUUGUUAAUCAAAUGUUUACCCGA